AUGGCGCCCCUGGAGGAUCUGCAGUCGAGGGACCUGGCCUGGAUCAGUGACUUCGUCAUGCAGCAGGUGGUCCUCAUGAUGCGCCCCAUGAUGGAUCACCUGCAACAGACGGAUAGCUCUGUGGACUACGCACAGCGGCAGGUUCACCGUGUAAACAUGGACUUGGCUGAGCUGAAAGCCGACGUGGACAGGACGAACAAGUACCUCGCAAUACUUCGGCAGGGCCUCGGGGUCCAGAACGAGGGGAAAUGCGUGAUCCAGCGCAGUCUGGAGUCCAACACCCGGACGGUGAAGCGGCUAGACGAGCAGAUGGAAAGCAUGCUGACGGUGCUUCGCGGCGUGGAAGAUAGCUUCGAGCAGCUCUGUACCGACUUCGUUGGGGCAAGGGCCCAACACGAGGAGCUCUCGCAGAAAGUCACAGAGCACACGGUGUCCCUGGAUGACAUGCAGGUCCGGGUCGACAAGCUGUGUGAGGCGCCUGCCAAGGAGGAGGUGCCAAACGGAGAGGCGAGGAUAGAGGUCUGGCACCGUGAGCUGCGCGAGCUCCGGCGGAACCAGAUCGGGCUGGUACAAGUCCCAAAACUGGAGGAGAAAGGAAAGGCCUCGGCGCCCGAUCCGUGGCCUAGAAAAACCUUCACGGCGGUGGAGGUUGCAGCGCCGCCACAUGCAGGUCCGUUCCCCACCGCGGGGUCGCUGGUGGAAGCGCACAGUAGCAGCCAAGCUCCAAAGCGCUCCAGCCGAGUUAGCGGCAGCACUGGUCGACAGCCGCUGCUCUCCCAGGACCCCUUCACGUUGCACCCACGGGUCUGGCCGGAGGAUGCCCCUGAUCACGGUUUCGCCGAGCCGGAGGAUGAGGACAGCGAGCGCCUGCCACGGCUCUCCGGCCGGCCCAGUGCUCGGGCAGUUGAGAGAUCUUCUGGGAAUACAGAAGCGCCGCGGCUUCGCUUUGCAGCGACCAUGGCCCAGCCCCCCUCCCGGGGGAAGUAA